AUGCCGAGCCUGGAGCAGCGCAAGCGGCCGGCGGCGUGCGGCACGGGCUUCAAUGUGCGUCUGUGGUGCAACAAGGACCCGUGCGGCGUCGUGUGCGCCGUCAUCUCCUGGUUCCUGGUGCUCUACGCCGAGUGCACCGUCGUGGGCGUGGUGGUGUACCCGUGGAUGGGUCUGUCGCCUCUGGGGCUGCUGCACAUUGUUAUCUUCUCGGGGCUGUGCUUCUUGGCCCUCGUAUCGCACGGAAAAGCUAUGCUGACGGAUCCUGGAGCUGUACCCGAGUCGGCGCUACCAGUGGCACUUGCUCACGCCUCGAAGGACGAGAUUGCGCGGAUGGAGGAGCAGAGAUACCGCACGUGCCGCCGUUGCCGUCAGUUUAAACCGGGGAGAGCGCAUCACUGCUCGAUCUGCGAUCGCUGCGUCAUCAAGAUGGACCACCACUGCCCCUGGGUCAACAACUGCGUGGGCCUGGGCAACCACAAGUUCUUCCUGCUCUUCAUCUUCUAUGUCUUCGUGCUGUCCGCCUACGCGCUGACGCUAGUAUUCUUCCGUUACGCCAAGUGCAUCAACGAAUCCUGCCCGACCUACGGAGCGAUUCGGGUCGUAUGCUUGAUCCUGGAAGCCGUGCUCUUCGGCCUUUUCACCAUGUGCAUGAUGUGCGACCAGUACAGCGUCAUCACCACGGGGACCACACAGAUUGACCGCCUGAAGGGCGAGGCUGCGGACAGCCUCGGCCUGCGCGAAGUGUUCGGCGGGGCAGAUUGCAAAUUCUCGCUGAAUUGGCUUCUUCCGGUGAACAUUUGGUUCCCCACGUCCGUCAAAAACCAGGUGCUGGGCUAUGUGCUCGAGCACGAGCUUAUCUUUUCAGAGGACGAAGCCUCGGAAAUGGAUACGUUCCUGGACGAUGAUAGCGUGUCGGAGACUGCCAUUACAAUGACGACGGAAACUCUUGAAGGAGGGUGGUCCGUGGAGAAGCGAGUUCCGGCCAGUAAAGCUUCCGAUGUUGUGUAG